AUGGCGUCUGGUCUCGGGCACGACGUCGCUCUGUCGAAGUCCAGCGCGGAGAGUUGGAAGAGACGCAUUUGGUCAAUACGGAUCGAUAUGCUGAAAAGCGCUGGGCAGCAUCGUGCCGGAUAUGCAGCUUCAAUAUGCCGCAGACCAGCGUUGAGACACGGCUUGAUAAGGGAAUUGCUGAUUGUCGUGAUUCCUCCUUCAUUAUUGCGCGCCAAUGCUGAGUCUGACCCGCGCGCAAGGUCAGCUCUGAAUUCAAGAAUUCAGGAAAUCGUCAGCUGGUCCUUACGGUUCAUUCUGCCCAGUGGCCACUUCUCAUUUGACGCCCUCAUCGACUCCGCCCCUCGCGAGGAACAGCAAAGCCGCAAGCUUCCCACCAUGAAACACCAUAUGAUGAUUGCGCUGCCUUGUGAGCUCGCAGCAGCCCCCGAACAACUGGCACAUCCUGCUACUCCUCAUUUUGCAGCAAGAUCAACUGGUGCAGAUGCGAACACAUCCCAUAGUCACAACUGUCACACUCAAGCACCUUAUCUCAGCACUCGGUCCGCAGGGGGCGAUGGAGAAAGAUAUAGUGGAGGCCUCCGGGCGAACCACUGCGAGCGAGAUGCGUCGACGCCAUCAUAUCGUUGGGCGGACAUGAUUUUCGAGUGGCAGGACUACGUACAGAUGUGCGUGAAAGUCUCUGCUGAAGUUGCUGCUGUCGUUCUGCAGUGUAUGGAGAAAUACUUGAAGAAGAACCCAAUAAGCCGCACCGAUAUUGGUAUUGGAGUUUCUGCCGGUAGCACCUGUUACAGCCGAAUCAGCAGUCUUUGUAUUGCACUGACCUCAAGCAUGUCAUCAUCGGAGAGUGAUGGGACAACUGGCAAAGCUGAGUGUCUCGACAAUGUCAAUGAUGGAGUCGCACGUCCCGUCACCCCAGGUUCAGCACGACGACUCUACGCUAGCAAUCUCGCAAACAUGGCGCACAAUCUGGACGAUACUGCGACUCUGGAUCGCUCACGUCUGCACGAAAGGAGCGCUAUUGCCGAUCGUACGGGCGAAGGGGUACGCUGCCGACCACUGCCUCCGGAACGACUAUUACCCUUAGAAACUGGAGAGUACAAUACCCAAACACCUCCACAAUCCUAUCUUCCUGGUAGCCAAAGUUCGCAAAGCUAUGCAUCACUCAGCUAUCAAGGCAGUAACACCAUGGAUGGCGCCAACACGCGAUCUGGUAGCUUGCAAGGUGUGGGAUCUGGGAUCCAUUGGAGCAAGCUUACUGCCAAGUCGAGUGCUGAGGACGGUGGCGGUGACGACGAAGAUGAUGGUGACGAUGAGCCUGUUCCAUCUGAUGGAGACCACCAUGGGGUAGGCUUCUGCUGCAUCUUCUGUACCAGAAAUGGUCUACCGCAGCCUACUGAUGCGUGUGCAUACAAUCGUCCUUUCACAUCGAAGCUCAGGAUUCAUCAUUUUAACUCACAUCACCCAGGCGGCCCUUUUGGUUGCUGUCCCAAAUGCUACAGUAUCGGUGAGAUCAACAACGCGAAGGUUUUUGAGCGCUUCAUCAGCUUGCCACAAGUGAAUAAGCAUAAGAGGACGUGUACUUCCGAGAUCUGUAUCGACGAGCACUGUCACAAUUACGACAAGCUCCCUCUUCUUCAACCUUGUCAGCAUCCCCGUCGCCAGACCCAGCUGCAAAUAUGGCGAAUGUGGUAUCGUCGUGCACAUCGACUUGAUCGAGAUGACCCAGUUCCGGAGCCAUUUUUAAUUGGCAGCACUCCGGCCUUGUCGAGACUUCAGGUGCCUCCCACCUCUAGGCGCGGCAGAUCUACAUCCUUACCUGCACCUUUGAACGCUGCAAAAUUGCCUGAUUCCAACGACACAGCCUUCUGGAAUAAGACCGAUCCGUCUUUACUCAUGUCCCCGUCGGGUGAGGUGCCUACACUUGUAAGCACCCAAGGGCCAAGUCAGGCCAGCAUAUCUUCUUCGUCAGAAGCACUUCUGGAGAUGACGCAUGAUCUUCUGUCCCGUGUUCAAGAGGAGCCAAGAAAAGUCACGAAUGUUAUGAGGAACAUGCAUGCGGAUGCAAUGCGGGCUUCUGGGAGGCUGCUCCAAAGGCUUUCGGCUGACGACACCGAAACAUCGGGACACAUCGAAAGGCUUCAAACGCUCCUCAACGAAUGUUGGAGGUUGAUAGUCAGCCCUAAUAAUCGUAAUUUGAACGCAUGGCGAGACCUGCGAAGUGCAGCAGGACUAGUCGGCAUCCGACUCUACUCCGAUGUGCCUCAAAGCUGGCAGCAUCUCUCACACCACGACCAGCAGCUGAUGCCGUUCAUAUCACACCUGGGUACCUCGGAUAUAAUUUCACAGGAGUCGCAGGAAAUACCCCAGAUGAUGCAGCCUCACAGUGAGAACCCCGAACCCGACCUUUCCUGGCCCCCGAUCAUCUACCCCAACCAUCCCAGUCCAGCACUAGGCGACAUCAUGCGCUCCUUUAUCCAGGAAUCCAGCACACGCGGCACCUACAACCCUUUCAACCUCAACAACGCUCCUCUCCAACAAGCAGCAACCCACACACCAGAUCCCCUGCAUGACUUGGUCGAGUAUAACCACCACCACCAGCACCACUAUCUAUCGACGGGACAGCGUCUGCAGCCAUUAUUACCGCGCACCGCCCCGGAUGAAGAUUCCCUCAGUGCGUUCUCCGCGCCUAUAGAUUCGGGACUGUAUUCGGGUGGCACAUCGAUGGAUUUUGAAAUGGGCGAGAGAGAUGGAAAGGGGGAGGAGAGGAGAGGAAGUGAUGAUUUUGAUGGAUCUUUUUCAUUUUGGUCUCAGGGCGAUGUGUUGUGA